AUGAUAUCGGGACAGGGAUCGCAUUUCACGCAGGCGAACGCUGGGAAGAAAAAGAAGAAGAGCAGAGGAAGACAUCGUUUGGCGCCUGCAGCUUCCAAACCAGCUGCAGUCGAUGAGAGCAGGCCACAGGUGGUGUCUGCGAUUGCAAAUGCUCGUGCACAUGGCGAGGAGAAGGUCUCUGUUGAGAAACCUCGUCCACUGUCAUUCUCAAAAGGUACUGGAGAUGCGGCAACCGGCAGUACUAUCCAUGCAAAGGGCCCUACAGACCUGACGAGUGUUUCGCGCGCAAGCACAAAUCCCACGCAAGGAACCCACGGUCCUCCAUCUCCGGCUUGGUCUGCGGAAGAUUCCAAGGUUGGAGUUCACAAUGACCAUAACGCAGCCUCCAAAGCGGCCGCCAGUGCAGCUUUCUUUGGCAAGAGAAAUUCACAUAUGGAAGAGACACAGUCACAGCGCCCACUGUCUAGCAUGCGAGCCGCAGAGACGCCCCGAAGAGACUCCUCGACGCUGGGCACUGCCCAUCGCACGGAGAUGCCUAUUAUUGGCGCUUUUCCAGGCGAUGGAGAGGCUGAAGCCACUGUUGAAGCUUUAGGUGAGGGUAUAGAUAACGAGGCUGUUGAGGAAGAGGAAGAGAAAGGAUAUAAUAAUCCCGAAAACACAUUCGAGGAACAUGCUGCCGACAGUGUUAUUGAGGUGAACUCGAGCUCAAACCAGCAGGCCGUCUCCGGAAUAAAGGAGGAGAAUGAAUGGAUCAAGGAAGAAACCGAAGAGGGUCCCGGGCGCACGGCACAUACCACUCGAAGACAUUCUGAGGUGACUGAGUAUGUGCCACAAACGGCGGUAGCAGGUGCUCCUGGGAAGCAUAUUGAGCGGAUUAUCGAAAAGGACACCGUAGAGAAAGAGAUCAUCGAGAAACUGGUUGAAACAACGACUUCAGAGGUACAAAAGGCAGAACAGGUAUCACAGCCAGCUGCGCCGAAGCCUACCUAUGCCGCCAUGGCCGCAAAGCCGUCAGAGCCGUCUCCUGCUCCCAUUGCUACUGUUGCCCAUGAGGCCCCGGUUCAAACUCAACCUUCCACUGUGACAGAUGAAUUUGCAGCUUCAACGGUCCGAGUUUCAGGCCCCGCUACCGCUCCGGUUCCUAUCCCUGCCCCUAUUCCGGUACCUUUGAUGAAGCACGAGGAACAUGCCACCGCAGAGAAGGCAAACCAGGCGGAGUUCCCAGAAAAGGAAGAAGAACCUCCAACAACCACAACGGCAACGGCAACCCAGGGGCCAGUUCCCACAACACAUGAGGUGCCUACGGCCGAAGAGUUAGGGUUUCAGGCGCCAGUAGUCCCAGCAAAAGCCCCCGACAGACUUAUUUCUACCGAACCCGUCAUCCCGGGCAAAGUUCCGGCGCUGGCAUCUUCGGACGAACAGGUGAAAGCGGCUGUAGAAACCUCAAGCACUAUCAAGCCCCAAACCAACAAGCAGAUUGUUCAGAAACAUAACGAGGCUCAAAUAUCUCAGCUCACUAGUCGGCAGAGGCACGACGUAGAAAAAGAAGAAAAAGCCCGGGCUAAGCAACAGGCUAAAGAACAAAAGGCUCGAGAUAAGGAGUUUAGGAAAGGUCAAAAACAUUUGAGAAAGGGGUCGGAUUCUUAUCUGCCGCCGGGCGAUGGAGGAACAAAGCGACUCCGCUUAAGGGAUAGGGUCAUGAACCGCAUAGCGAGACUCUUAAGUUAA